AUUUGCCGCUUUGCAUGCUGGGAAGGGAGUGUCACCCUAGCAACAGCAAGAUUAUAAACGAUGAGAGUUCUCAAUUUUGGCUAGGUAACCGUUUGACAAUACAGACGUUUUGUUUACAUUUACAGUGAAAGAAAAUUAAAUGUGAGUUUUCCAUAAUUUCCGAAAUGGACAAACUGCAGGCAGAAGAUGCACGGUACUUGAAAAGGAAAGUAAAACGGGGGAGUGUGGAUGUCCACCCGACAGAGAAAGCCCUCGUUGUUCAGUAUGAGGUGGAGGCGACUAUCCUCGGCGAAAUGGGGGACCCGAUGGUUGGAGAACGCAAGGAGUGUCAGAAAAUCAUCCGCCUUAAAAGCUUAAACGCCAACACAGACAUCACCACCCUGGCUCGCAGGGUGGUGGAGGAAUGCAGGCUCAUUCAUCCAUCUAAACUUCCAGAGGUGGAACAACUGCUGUUCUACCUGCAGAACCGUAAGAAGCCAGACAAACAAGAGAAACAUUCGCCCAGAGACCUCACACCAUUUGAGGGGAUGGAGCUGGAUGAGGAGGCCAACAUCAACUGCAUAGAUGACUAUGUGGAGCUGCUGUAUGAAGACAUCCCAGAGAAGGUCAGGGGAGCCACCCUCAUUCUCCACCUCGCCCGCAACCCUGACAACCUGGAAGAGCUCCUGCAGAAUGAAACUGCCUUGGGAGCUCUGGCCAGAGUCCUGAGGGAGGACUGGAAACAGAGCGUUGACAUGGCAACUACCAUUAUCUACGUCUUCUUCUGCUUCUCCAGUUUCUCCCAGUUUCAUGGGCUAGUGACCCACUAUAAGAUCGGAGCCCUCUGUAUGAACAUCACUGAACACGAGCUGAAGAGGUACGACCUCUGGCAGGAUGAACUGCAGAAGAAGAAGAAGGCUUAUGAAGAGGAUCCUGACAACCAGAAUGUGAAGAAGGAACAUGAGAAAGCCUUGAAGAAAUACCAGGGCCUCCUGAGCAAGCAGGAGCAGCUUCUACGAGUGGCUCUGUACCUGUUGUUAAACCUGGCUGAGGACACACGCACAGAGCUGAAAAUGAGGAACAAGAACAUCGUCCACAUGCUGGUGAAGACCCUGGACCGGGAGGACGAGGAGCUACUGGUGCUCGUGGUCUCCUUCCUCAAGAAACUCAGCAUCUUCCUGGAGAACAAGAACGACAUGGCAGAGAUGCAUGCGGUGGAGAAACUGGCCAGGCUGCUGGCCUGUGAUCAUGAGAACCUACUCAACACUACCCUGCGUCUGCUCCUCAACCUCUCCUUUGACACAGGCCUCCGCAGCCAGAUGGUUCAGGCUGGACUCAUCCACAAACUCUCCUUAAUGCUAGCUGACGAGAAGCAGGGACAGCUGUGUAUGUGCAUUCUGUACCACAUCAGUGUGGAUGACCGAUUCAAGUCCAUGUUUGCCUACACAGACUGCAUACCACAGUUGAUGAAGAUGCUGUUUGAGUGUGGUGAGAGCCACAUGGAACCUGAGCUCAUCGCCUUCUGCAUCAACCUGGCUGCCAACAAGAGGAACGCACAGGUCAUCUGUGAAGGUAAUGGUCUGAAGAUGCUGAUGAAGAGGGGUCUGAAGUUAAAGGAUGUUCUUAUCAUGAAGAUGAUCAGGAACUUGUCACAACAUGACGGACCCACCAAGAACCUCUUCAUAGACUAUGUGGGUGACCUAGCGGCUCAGAUGGGAGCGGAGGAGAGGGAGGAGUAUGUGAUAGAGUGUCUGGGGACUCUGGCUAACCUCACCAUCCCUGACCUGGACUGGGAACUGGUGCUGAAGGAGUACAACCUGGUGCCCUACCUCAAAGACCACCUCAAACCAGGCUCGGCAGAGGAUGACCUGAUCCUAGAGGUGGUGAUCAUGAUAGGGACGGUGUCCAUGGACGACUCCUGUGCUGCCACAAUGGCUAAGUCUGGCAUCAUCCCUGCUCUCAUCGAGCUGCUCAACGCCCAACAGGAGGAUGAUGAGUUUGUGUGUCAGAUUGUCUAUGUGUUGUACCAGAUGGUGGUCCACCAGGUCACCAGGGACGUCAUCAUCAAGGACACACAGGCUCCUGCCUACCUCAUUGACCUGAUGCACGACAAGAACGCUGAGAUACGGAAAGUCUGUAACAACACACUUGACAUCAUCGCUGAGUAUGAUAAAGAGUGUGAGAGAAAGAUCCAGAGUGAGAAGUUCCGCUGGCACAACUCCCAGUGGUUAGAGAUGGUGGAGAACAGAGCCAUGGGAGACGACGGAGAACCCUUCAUGUUUGGAGACGAUGGAGAAGCAUUCAUGCACAACGGAGACAUUCUGGAGAGACACGACCUCUUCUACACCGCAGAUGGGAUCAUCCCAGCAGACGGUACCAUCAGCCCGGAGUUCUUCACAGACUACCAGAACGGAGACAUUGGCCAGGCUGGAGGCUUUCCCGGCAGUAUGAAUCCGGAUAUGUUUGGGCAGUCGACAGUGACCCCUGGACAGCGCCCUGCCACGACCUACGGCACCCGGCCAGACGAGCAGUUCUUCUACAGCUACGCUGGUGCAGCUUCCAGAUGAACCAGGUUAACUUCACUAUACCACAGAGACUGACUGCAGCUAUGUCCCAUCUAGCCAGGUUAACUUCACUAUACCACAGAGACUGACUGCAGCUAUGUCCCAUCUAGCCAGGUUAACUUCACUAUACCACAGAGACUGACUGCAGCUAUGUCCCAUCUAGCCAGGUUAACUUCACUAUACCACAGAGACUGACUGCAGCUAUGUCCCAUCUAGCCAGGUUAACUUCACUAUACCACAGAGACUGACUGCAGCUAUGUCCCAUCUAGCCAGGUUAACUUCACUAUACCACAGAGACUGACUGCAGCUAUGUCUCAUCUAGCCAGGUUAACUUCACUAUACCACAGAGACUGACUGCAGCUAUAUCCCAUCUAGCCAGGUUAACUUCACUAUACCACAGAGACUGACUGCAGCUAUGUCUCAUCUAGCCAGGUUAACUUCACUAUACCACAGAGACUGACUGCAGCUAUAUCCCAUCUAGCCAGGUUAACUUCACUAUACCACAGAGACUGACUGCAGCUAUGUCUCAUCUAGCCAGGUUAACUUCACUAUACCACAGAGACUGACUGCAGCUAUGUCCCAUCUAGCCAGGUUAACUUCACUAUACCACAGAGACUGACUGCAGCUAUAUCCCAUCUAGCCAGCUAUGCUUUGUGGUCAUGAAGGAGUAUCAACACUCCUUCCUGUAUGUUCAACAGCACCUUGGUAUCUCAGCUGAUCCCUUCUAGUGCUCUAGUCCAAACUCUAGCAGUGAUGUUGUUGCUGUUUUAUUGAAUGAAAACAUUACAUCUUAAGCUACCUAAGUGAUGUUGUUGCUGUUUUAUUGAAUGAAAACAUUACAUCUUAAGCUACCUAAGUGAUGUUGUUGCUGUUUUAUUGAAUGAAAACAUUACAUCUUAAGCUACCUAAGUGAUGUUGUUGCUGUUUUAUUGGAAUAUUAUACAUCUCAAUGUUCACUACAAGUAUGUAUUUCUGUAACAACACAAACUAAAAUUAAUUAACUGAAUUAUUAAAUUAUACAUUCAUGAUAUAUGUUGUACUGGGGUUCAUUGUUUUUCUGAUCAAUGCUACUUUCCAUAGGAUGUUUUUUUUUCUCUUCAAAUUCCAGAAGGUUGGUUGGUAUGGCAGUCUUAUUGUCCACUAGCUGCACUAGCUGCAUGCUGUAACAGGCCAUUUUAUAGAUGACCUCAUUCUGGAGACUGACAGUUGAGAUGUUCUCCAUCUUUUCUGUCUUUGCAGUCUCUCUCUCUCUCUCUGUCUCUCUCUUUCUCUCUCUGUCUCUCUCUUUCUGUCUCUCUCUUUCUGUCUCUGUCUCUCUCUUUCUGUCUCUGUCUCUCUCUUUCUCUCUCUCUUUCUG